UCGAAUUUCCGCGGUUGUGGGUACGAACGGUCGAGUAGAUGGCUUCAAGAAUAGCUUGCGUGGUGGUACUUGCAGGUCGAGAAGUCCGCGCUCUCACACAAAUAUUGUAUAUAUGGCUCCUCUUCGACUUCGAAGAGCCAUGAAUCAGCCGCGCCAUUCUCUUUUCAUUUCUUCGUUCUUUUGCAUACAGCAGUCAUUCGUUUCAUUUUAGUCACUCAUUCAAAAUGGUCAAUUUAUCCUUCCUUCUACUAGCCCUUCCAUUGCUUAUUCAAGGAUCUCCCCUUGCUUCUCGAGCCUCUACUCUCAUCUGUGAUGCCAAUUGUAAAGGCCUCUCAUGUUCUGCAAAAGUCAGACGCGAUGGAUUUCCUCUUGAAGAACGUCACCUCGAUAGCCCGAAAGACUUAGACACCACGCCCAAGUUUUAUGUUGCAGAUAUGAUUAAGGAGUGGAAGCCCCCGAAAGGCCAGGAGCUUGAUUGGGCUACAACGCAAGUGGACGCUGUAUCAAUCCAUGGUACCUUUGCGGACAUGGCGAAGAAAGCUUUUGUUCAGGGGCUUGUUGGUUGCACUGGAAUUGUUAUUGCAUCUGAGAAAGGCUUUUGGAUGACUCAUCUGAUGGAACCGGGUUUCAUCGGCGGCAGCGAUUUAUACAACCAACUCUGGCAACAACGUAUCCUCGACGUAUUCAAUAAUGACAACGCUCAAUACGGCUCCAGAUUCACUCGCCCCGGUACCCUGACCCAAACUGGCGAGAUCCUCAACUCGAAAGAAAAUCCUACAAUCUACGUCUCCAGUCCCAAAGGUGACGACGGAAAAUUUCUGUAUGACGAGAAGGUCGAAGGACUCAUUGACAUCCUAACAAAAAAUGCUGGGGCUCCUUUCCGUGGUGUCACAGUCAAGAGGUGGCGAUACGUCAAACCAACCGAAGAUGAAUUACCGCAGUUCUCUAAGCAAUCGAACGGCAAGAUCCUCGUGGAGUAUGAUCCUGACCAAGAGGAUGAAAACACGUUCAAGAGCAAGGACCCUCAGGAAGCCAUAUAUCGCGUCUGGCUCGAGGAUCAGAUGUAUGAACAUACGUGGAAAGCGACUUGUUCAAAGAAUCAGAAGCGCGCCCCGUCUGGCUCAGCAUCUCGCUCGGGCGCUUGCCAGUUAGUUUCGCGGACCUCUUCGUCGUCGUCGAUGUCGUCUACUUCGAUGUCAGUUACUUCCACUGGAUCUGUUUCUUCCACUGGAUCGGCUUCUUCCACUGGAUCAGCUUCUUCCACGGGAUCAGCUUCUUCCACGGGAUCAACUUCUUCCACUGGAUCAGCUUCUUCCACUGGAUCAGCUUUUUCCACUGGAUCAGUUUCUUCCACUGGAUCAGUUUCUUCCACUGGACCAGCUUCUUCCACUGGAUCCUCUUCUUCUGUUUCAGUUACUGGAAUUCCUUCAACUACUGCUUCUUUUUUGUCCUCUGGGGCAGCUUCUACGACUAGCUCUGCUUCUUCCACUUCUUUGACCGGGUCUACCAUUUCCAGCGGGACUGUUUCAUCUAUUUCUACUUCUUUGAGUGCCUCCGCUCCAUCUUCUUCAGCUUCAUCUUCGGCAUCAAGCCCCGCCUCCUCCAUGACGCCAUCUUCGUCCUCCAGUGCCCUCGCAUCCUCAUCCACUUCCUCAGCACUAUCCUCUUCUUCUAGCACUGCCAAAUUCUCGUCCUCCACCCCCACCGCCACAACGAUGCGUACUUCAACUCUACCCCCGGCAAUAUCCUCCCAGCCAACCCCUUCUUCCUCGGCUCCAAUAAAAACCUCUGCGCCACCGCCACCACCUGUGUCUUCAAAAGCUGCUGAUCCACCAAAAUCCUCAAGUGCGCCAUCAAAGCCUUGCAAGAAGGGAAAGAAGUGCCCCUAGGCAGAAAUUGGGGGAGGAAAUUCAGUUUCAGUAGCUUUAUAAUGAGUUGAAUUUUCCAAUGCAAUAUAUAGAACAUGUUUAGGCAAAGCCGAGAGAGAAAAAAGUGUACGCCGUCCUUAAUCUCAAAUUAAGGUGCCCGAAGUGGAGGACUUAAUUUGGGGUAACUGAAAUUGGAAAUCUUAGAUCAGUGGCUUCAUCUCCUUGUACACCGAGCUUUACCUGCUCCUUUCUUAAUUCCUGUUAUUGUGUCACUCCAUUGUUGUUGCUUCAUGAAAGCUACUAUAUAUAUCUUACUCAAUCAUCC